AUGUCUGAGUUUUCGAGCACUCCACAAGAAGAUCCUCUCCAUUCUGUGAACACUGCCCUUUCCCUCUCUUUAACUCCCGCCUCCGAAUCCUGUUCAGGUUUGGAUUUCGAUAUCAGGAGGUCCGUUGAUGAUUUUCACUCUUGGAAUGUUGAUGAUAGUCUCUACUAUGAGUCUCCUUCGAAUUAUAUUGACCAUUAUGAAUUUGGGUUCGAGUUAACACUCGGUGGAAACCAUUCAAGUUCUAGUGGGACUCGGGUUGAUUGGUAUUGGGAUUUGAAUUCGAGUUUUAAUAAUGGUGAUACUGAAAAUAUGAGUUCUAGCAGUCAAAGUGGUGAUGAAUUACAAGAAUUGGAACCAGAGAACUAUGAAAGUGAAAAUCUUUCUGACAUGGUGAUUGAUGAUUUAUUAGAAGAGACAUCGUUUGUGGCACAUAUUUUAGAACCAUCGUUACAUGAUCUUUAUGAGGAUUUGUUUUUUGCCGAUUUAUUUGCUGAUUCUGAGUUAGACACUUCUUUUGAUCCAUGGGUGCUACCUUGGGUUGAUUCAAGGAGAGGUUUAGAGGCUGCCGAGAGCGCAGGGGAAAGUCUGCCUUCGGUGGCUUUGAGAAAGGAUGAUUUGAAGGAUGGGUUUGGGGUUUGUGCAAUUUGUAUGAAUGGGGUUGUGGAGGGUGAGAUGGUGAAAAGGCUGCCUUGUUCUCAUUAUUAUCAUGGAGAAUGUAUCUUGCCUUGGUUGAGGAUUAAGAAUACUUGUCCGGUUUGUCGAUAUGAGCUGCCUGUUGAUCGGUAUGAAUUGUCUAGUGAUGAUCAAGAGCAUGAGAGCUGGAAUUGGCAGAUAUUGGCGCCACCAACUCUGCCAUCUGAUCUGCAAGGUUGGAGUUGA